AUGUGUUGUAACGCAUUGAAAACUCCCGCAGAGCUGUUGCUGGGUACGUUGAGGACGCAUCAAAAGGCCGCGUGCGAUGAGGACACGGUGACGCUCAUCUGCCCCCGAGGGACCACGAUAAGCAUCCAGGUCGCCCAGUACGGGGCUUCGGCGUCGCAGACCUCGUGCUCCCCAGAACUGGCGGAGUACCAACCGGUCGCCGUGGAGGUCGUCGGCGAUACGUCGUGCACUUGGCCCAGUGCUUUACAGUAUUCACUUUUGCAGACCGUUGUGGAGGCAUGUCAAAAGAAACGUCAGUGCAAAUUUCAUACAAGCCCAAAAGCCUUUGGAGUCGAUCCGUGCCCUGGUUCUAGAAGGUUCGUCGAAGUCGCUUAUAAAUGCCGUCCAUAUGAAUUUCGAAGUAAAGUGGGCUGUGAAAACGACGUCCUCCAUUUAAGCUGCAACCCUCAUUCAAGGGUCGCCAUAUAUUCGGCACAGUAUGGUAGAACUGAGUACGAUUCUAUACAGUGUCCACAGCCAAGAGGAAUGAAAGAAGAAACCUGCCUAGAGCCAUACGCAACUGAAACGUCGAUGCGGGAGUGUCACGGUAAGAGGCGCUGCGUUUUGGCGGCGGAUAGUAAAAUGUUUGGGAAGCCCUGUCGUGUUGGCAGCCGAACAUACCUGAAAGUGGUAUAUACAUGUGUUCCACGCACUGUCCUUAAGGAGCGAUACGAAAGUGCUCCAGAAGAAGAUGAAGUCGCUUACGACGUUUCAGACACAGAAAACGAUGAUGUCGAUGAAUCGAGUGAUCGCUGGUGGGGGGAGCCUGCAGUGCCUCCUGCACCUGCAGUCGCCGCAGUUCCCUCUCAAAAGCCUUCGCUAUCCUCCAGCAGCAACGCAACAAAAAACAAUCAGCACGAAUCAUCACCGUCGUCACCGCGACAUCAUUUGUCAAAUGACGAUCAGUUCGACAUCAUCUAUAUCUACAUCAUUGCUGCUGUUGCCGUGACCACUUUAGUUUUCAUCAUAAUAGCCACAACGCGUUGUGUGUUAAGCAAACGAAGCACAGAACAGCCGAAGGGUCCGGACGUAUCCGCUACGACAGACAUUCCAAAUGGCUUCAAUGACAGCAUAUCGGAAGUAGACAAUGACAUUAACAUAACAAGCCUAUCGGGUCCCGUAGAAAAUGUUGAAUCGGGAAUGAAGCAAGAAAUGCACCUCGCUAACAUGACUCUCAGCCCAAAGAUUAACAGAUACGUCGGACGUCCAGUCCCUAAUACGUACCCGCACGGAAUGCAAUCCAGCAAAGUGGGAUUCCGCAAUCCCCCGGUGGAUCCAGCA